AUGGAAAAGCCAGUAGCACUCAUUCUGUUGGUGUUUUCAAUAAGUGGACUCGUUUUUGGCACUCAACCAUCAUCUGCUGACAACAAUGCUUCUGAUAUUUGUGAAACACAUGCUUGUGUUCAUGCUGCUUCACGAAUAAUAAAAAUGGGAAAUCCAAGUGUUGAGCCUUGUGAUGAUUUUUACGAGUUCGCCUGCGGUAGUUUUGUGAAUCCCACUGAAUCAGACAGGAAAUCAAUUGUAAUGGAUACUUUCACUGAGCUAACAUCUAAGUUCAAUAAAAAGCUUGAAAAAAUACUUGAGCAAAACAUUACAAUUAAUGACUUUAAAUACUUGAAGCUUGCCAAGACUUUAUACAAAAUAUGUUUUAAAAAAAAUGAUAUAUUUGCAAAUUCAAUGGAGCCCAGUGGAGGUUGGCCUGUUGUCAAAGGAUCCAAAUGGAAUGAAAGUGCAUUUGAUUUUAAUAAAACAAUAUUUAGAGUUGAUAAUACUACACGAUGGGAAAAUUAUUUUUUUAAAUUUGACUCAUACGAUGAUUAUUCUUCUGUCACAGUGGAACCAUAUCCAUCUGAGUUAAUUGCAGAUUGGUAUUUCGAAGUUAUUUCGUAUGAGGUGUUCGAGAGUGAAUUGUUCGAUUUGGAGCAACCAAAUUACAUAAAUUAUGGUGCCCUAGGAUCUUUGGCAGGUCAUGAAAUUACACAUGGUUUUGAUUUUUCGGGAAAACAAUAUGAUGCAGAAGGUCAUUUGAACGAUACAUGGACAGCAACUUCAACAGAAAAUUUUAACAACAAGUCUGAAUGCAUCAUUGAACAGUACUCAAAUUAUACGGUCAAAGAACUUGGAUUAAAUUUAAAUGGAAGUAUUUCUCAGGGUGAAAACGUUGCAGAUCACGGUGGAAUAAGAGCUGCUUAUCGAGCUUAUAGUGAUUUAUCAAUUACUGAUAAACGACUUCCUGGUUUGUUUUACACACCAAAACAAAUGUUCUGGAUUAGCUAUGCAACUAUGUGGUGUCAAAAAACAACACCGGAACUCCUGAAGAUGCUUAUUUUUGAUUCACAUCCACCUUAUAAAUUUCGAGUAACUGGUACUUUAUCCAAUAUGCCAGAGUUUGCCAAAGACUUUAAAUGUCCAUCUGGAUCUAACAUGAAUCCAGUUAAAAAAUGUUCUGUCUGGUAA